AGCCCAUGUCCCAUUCAUCCUAUAAAUCUUGUUACUAUCUCAUACUUGCACACUACCCUAAACUCCCUUCCCUUUUAAAUCCAGUCAACAUUAAUUAAGCUGCUCUUCCCAUAUAUAUAACAGUAAAUAGCUAGUGAGACAUUGCAUUUGCACCAUGGAAUGGAGUCCUAAGCUCAUGAGGCAAAGAUCAUGUGCGUGUCCGGUAAUGGACAUAGGAGGUUGGUGCAACAAUAGUCGCCGGAGGACAGCCGGAUUCAGCCGUAGAUUCACCGAGAGUGACUACGAGGAUGAGUUCGAUGAAAUGGAGUACCCUAUAAUGAGGUCUUCGGCAUCGUCCCGGUGGAGAGGACUUUGGAGGAGGAUUAUGAAAGGGAAGAGGAGGAUAUUGAACUCGUCGGCGCCACAACAUGUUCCCUAUGAUGCAUAUAGUUAUGCGCAAAACUUCGAUGAUGGUUCCUCUUGGAUCGAACCGGAGAACUUGUCGAGAUCUUUCUCGGCGAGGUUUGCUGAUCCUUCGAGGAUAUUGCGCCGGCUGCCUUGAUAUGUAUGUUAUUUUGGUGAUAACGUACUUAAACAAUUGUUUCUUGGUUUUACUAGCCUUUUGUUAUCAAGCUGAUGCUAUGAUGCUACGUUUGGAGUUGUUUGUAUAUCUAAUGACAAUCUUGAUUCUCCUUUUC